AUUUUUAUUCAUCUCUACCUGUUCUUCUCGUUUUAUUCAAUAAAUUGAAAAAAAUGUGUGGAUCAAAUUAACCAGAUUUAUUUGCUCGUAAAGAAUGAAAAUAAAAUGGAAAUAAAACAGAAAGUUAACGUUUAACAUAGUUGAAAUAAAAAUUUCACCACUAAAAUUCUUUACUGUGUUUAUAAAUAAUAUUCCCAACAUCCUACCGCAUCAUAAACAAUGAUGUAACAAUAUAUUAAAAAUAAACAUGUCGCCGCUCAUGAAGUUUUCUCAUUUAUGGUUAAAUAAAUACAAAUGAAAACUUGUAUUUUUAUUUAUUUAUGUUUUCUCUGAAAUGCAGUGAAAUGAUGGCAUGGAAUGCUCAUUCCAUCAUCCAACGGCAUUCAUUUGUAAUGUAUUGACACAGACCAAACGUGGUAUUCUUUAUUUAAGGAUGAUAUCAUUUCUCUUUGAGUCAUGGUUUCGCGAGAUGGUAGCUCCAUCGCCAUUCAAAAUGUAUCAACGAACUCGAAUUUUUAAUUUUCACAGAUUUAAUAAUUAUUGUUUUUCGUACGUUAUUGACAACACUUUACUUUGUGACUUUUAUCAAAAAAUCUGUCACCUUUAAUUUUUAUCUCAAGUCAGAUAGGCUCUUCUAAAAACGCAGUUGUGUUGUUGCCUUUUUGCAGAUAUAAAAGUUUCGAGGUUUAUGUGGAACUAUCGCUUCAAUUUGCAUAAAAAUUUAUCAAAGUUUGAGACUUGUACCUUGUUGUAAUUACUGUUUAAGUAGGUAUUAUCACAAUUCUCUGUUACGCUUUGCUGCGAUGAAUCAAAAGUGAGUUAACUGUGAGGCACGCUUCAAAGGUGUUGCCUAUUCGAUCUAUCACUUGUAAAUUGUAAAAAAAGUGUCACACUUAUCAGUUGAUAAACUAUGGUAGUGAUAAGAAAAACCGUUUUGUGUAUAAUGAACGAAGUACAGUUAGUUGCAAAAAAUAGAAAAUUUUAGUAAAAUGAGCACCCAUUCGGUCCAAAUCGAUGGGGUAACGAAAUCGGAAACUUCGACCGAUAACGAGGGGCCGAGAAUUCAAACGGAUUCUAACAAUGUCAUCCACGAAUUAAUGCAAAGUUGCAGCAAUGAAGCGGAGGCACGUUUGUGGGCCAAGAGACAGGCCAGAGCUGAAGCUAGAGAGAUACGUAUGCGCGAACUGGAGAGGCAACAGAAAGAACAAGAAGAAAAUGCCGAUCGACAAUUUGAUAUGUUGGCAGAACCGAUGGCUAGGACGGCAAGGACGGCCACUGCUGGGAGCAGAUAUCUCUCCAGCAGGAGGAGUUCCGAGGACUCGCUGGAGGACGGCGGCAGUCUCAGGGAUUUGCGGAAUGAACUAAAGGAGUUUGAGGAGAAAUUCCGCAAGGCGAUGAUCGCCAACGCCCAACUGGAUAACGACAAAACGUCUCUCACAUAUCAACUGGAAUUGCUUAAAGAUAGGUUAGAAGAAUUAGAAGAGGAGCAUUCGCAGUUGAAGCGAGAGCACCGCGAAAAGUGCCGCGAUUUCGACCAAUUAAAACGGUUGUGCGCAAAAUUAAAAGAUGAUUUGGCUGUGACUAGAGCUGAACUAGAAGAAAGAGAUCAGUUGAUAAACGAGAAAGGUUUAGUCAUCGUCGGCGAGGAUUCGAUCAAUGAAGAAGAACAAAGGAACGGCGAUAUCAGUCUUAGUAGUAUAGGUACACCGAAAAAGGCUUUAGUUAGUGUAGAAAAUGCCCAGUUGUUGGAAAGCGCAGGAGAAGGAAGUCUAGAUGUGCGAUUAGCGAAAUUGAUGAAAGAAAAAGGUGAAUUUUUGGAUCAAAUUAGCCAUUUAAAAUUAGAAUUAGAAGAGGAACGAAGUAAGCGGAAAAAAUCGAAUGCGGGCGGGACGUUGAACGGGCCGUCAUCAGAUCACGACUUAGACGAAAUAGAUAUACAAAGGGAAYCGAGUAAACAACUCGGCGAUUACAAAUUUCGAGCUCAAAAAGCCGAACAAGACGUCGCCACGUUACAGGCGACUGUCGCAAGGCUUGAAAGUCAAGUUAUUAGGUAUAAGGCUGCGGCCGAAGUCUCGGAAAAGGCCGAAGAGGCCCUAAAGGCCGAAAAACGGAAAUUGCAAAGAGAGGCACGAGAAGCACAAAGUCGAGCUGAGGAAUUGGAAACAUCAAAUACACACUUACUGAAACGUUUAGACAAAUUGAAGAAUGCGAAAUCGGCAUUAUUGAAAGAACUUUGACAAUCAUCGAAUAGUUAGUGUGGAUGUCGGAAGGAAAGUGCAGUGAGUUGUAAAAACGGAACCAGUCUAAUAGUCAUAAUUUCAUGAAAAAUUAAUUUUAAUUUAACUCUUUUAACAAAUUUUAACACAUGAAUUCGUCAUUUUAAAGUGAAAUAUGUUGUGUUGUUUAUUUAUUUGAGUUUUAAACCUUGUGUAAAUCUGUUUUGUCAAAUUAUUUUGUAUUUAUUUGAUAGAGUAAGAUUCUAUUUUGUACAUAAUAUGUAGGUGUGUAAAAAUUUAUCUCAGGAUCGUUAUAAUCCGUACCAAUUGCUUGCGAAAUUGCAAUAUCUACCAGCAACAAAAUUGCUUCUAUGUACUAUAUCAGGUGAUACUAAUACUUAACUUAGCUAAAAAAUCAAUAUGUAGCUCAAUUUAUACAAAAAGUUAGAAAUAGACGUAUUCUGUAACAACAUUUGUUAGCUCUCUGGAACAUAGCUCAACAAGUUGGUGAUAUUUUUAACCACCUUGAAAAUUACCAAACAUCGUGUGAUGCGAUUUUUACAAAGCAAGCUAACACUAGAAAUUUGUACAUAUGAAAUAUGUGAUUUUUGUGUAUAUUCUUUUGGUAAAAGGUAUUUCAAGAAAUAAACUAAUUUAUAAAAUA